CUUUGGGGGGAGUUUAAGUUGUCUUAUUGAAUUGCGCCCACAGACCCAUUCACCCAUGUUAGGAGUACAUUCAAGAUCGUGUAGCGUUUGUCGUUGUGUUCCGAAAUGGCAGUACCAAAAACUAUUGAGCAGGCUUUUCCAGGUCACAAACGAACCAGUUCUGUUGCAUAAACCGGGUAGUACGGAACGUCAGAAGUUGGAUAGUACGUUAGAUACUAUGAUUAUAAACGGGCCUUAUCAUGUGCCUAUAUGUAUUGAUUCAAACGAAUUAUCAUCCGGACAACCUCGAAGGCAGAUUUUGCCAUUUGAGCAUUCGAAAACACUGGUCAAUUUUUAUCAUGCCUCAGGAGAGCAAAUAAAAUCUGCAAUUGAAUCUUGUCUAAUAGCUCGUAAAACGUGGUCACGCACAAGUUUUGAUGAACGCGCUAAGAUAUUCUUAAAAGCAGCGGACCUUGUUAGCGAUAAAUAUCGCAUGGAGUUGUUGGCAUCAACUAUUCUCGGUCAAGCGAAAACAAUUUUUCAGGCUGAGAUUGACGCAGCUGCAGAAUUAGCAGAUUUCUUGCGUUUUAAUGUUAAAUUUGCCUCAGAAGCCCUGCAAUAUAAACCAAUCAAUACCCAGGAUGCAAAGAAUGAAGUAGUUUACCGAGCAAAUGAAGGGUUUUGGGCUGCUAUACCACCAUUUAAUUUUACAGCUAUUGCAGGGAACCUAGCAAGUGCCCCAGCUUUAAUGGGGAAUGUUGUGAUUUGGAAACCCGCUGAUACAUCCAUAUAUUCUAAUUAUCUUGUUUACAGAUUAUUCCGCGAAGCAGGUUUACCCCCUGGUGUAAUCAACUUUGUCCCAGCAGAUGGCCCAACAUUUGGUAAAAUAAUUUGUGAACACCCUCAACUUGCUGGUAUCAACUUCACUGGAAGCACGAAAACCUUUCGUGCUAUAUUGAAAAUGAUUGGCGACAAUGUUGCUAAGUAUCGUGGUUAUCCAAGAACUAUAGGUGAAUGUGGCGGCAAAAAUUAUCAUUUUAUCCAUCCAUCUGCAAACUUGGAAGAAGCUGCUCUCGGCACUAUCCGAAGUUCAUUUGAAUACUCUGGUCAAAAAUGUAGCGCAUGUAGUCGACUUUAUGUACCAGAAAAUUUAUGGCCAAAAUUUAAACAACUUUUACUUGGUCAUUAUGAACAAUUGAAAAUAGGAUCACCACUUGAUUCAGAUACAUUUUCAUCUGCAGUUAUUGAUCAUACUGCAUUCAAUAAAAUCUCUGGCUAUCUACAAUAUGCAUCCAGUUGUCCAGAUAUUGAAGUUGUCGCCGGUGGUCAUAGAGAUGACAGCGUUGGUUACUUUAUUCAGCCUACAAUUUUGAUUACUAAUAAUCCAACAGAUAAGUUAAUGAAGGACGACAUUUUUGGACCGGUUUUAUGCACAUAUUUAUAUCGUGAAAAUGAAAUUGAGAAAACCUUAGAUCUUGUUGAUUCAACUACGGAUUAUGCAUUAACUGGUUCCAUUUUUGCUCAGGAUGAAGAAUUUAUUAAGUAUGCAACUGAUCGCCUUAUCGAUACAACUGGUAAUUUUUAUGUAAAUGUUCAAUCCACUGGAUCUGUAGUCGGUCAACAACCAUUUGGCGGAGCUAGAUUAUCAGCUGGAAGCUGGUUUGUUCUCUCCCACAAAAGGCUAUUGCUGAUGGUAUCCGGCCAAUGGAUGUUGAGUAAAAACUAACUCGCUGAAAAACGCAAGCGUAUAUAUACAGCAUAAAAAUGUCCUUGGGAAACGGUACAAAAUAGCAUACUAAAAGAGAUAACAAACCAAUGGUAUUUAAGGCCCCUCCAAGUGGGAAAUACAACACGAAGGUGAAAAGGGGGUUUUUGGUGCAAAAACAAGAAAUUCGAAUGUUUACAAUAGAAUUACAAAAAUAAGGCAUUUACAAAGUACAAAUGAUAAAGCCGGUGGACCUCAAUACACUUUAAGAUUCACUUCUCCGCUUUCGAUUAAAACACAAAUUAAACCUAUUCCAUCAUGGAAACAAGCACAUAUGAUUGAUUAAUUGUUUGAUUCACUUUUACUAUUUGGAAAUUACUCAUUGCAUACGUAUAAGGCCUAAUCGUUGAACCAUCCUUAUACUUGUUAUUUCAACAAAAUGUUUGUACUCUUUUUUAAUCUUACAUGUAAUAAAUUUUAUACUUUUUGAUGA